UUGACAUGGUAACAUUGAACAACGAAGUCAACAGUCGUUAAACUUCUAUUUUGAAAAUUUUGUUUAGUUUGUUUGCAACAACUUUCUGAAAUCUCAAAUUUGUCCGAAUUCCGCAAUGUGCGAACGCCGAACGGUCAUGAUUAGUGAGGCAAAAGACAAUUAUGGAUUUCCAAAAUUGAAAAGAGCCGCUACCACCCGUAGUAAACGCUUCGAACAGUUCCUUUGGCAAGAGCUCUACGAUGAAUAUAUACGUCAUAAUCAACGUCAAACCAAUAUUGCUGACGACAAAGCCGCUUCAGAGUAUUUUGAUGAAUUCUGCAAAAACACUCCGCCCCAAGAUGUCGAAGCCAAAGAGGCAUUUAUGAAUCGUUAUCCACUCUAUUGCACCACAGCCAUAACUUUGUGGAAUCAAUAUGGUGAUGUAACUAAGGACUUCAAGAAACGUUAUUCCAUCACCAGACCGGUGGAAGAAAAUACCGAACAGUUUGGUUAAUUUGACUGCAUUUUUUCCUUUACACAAUAAAAACCCGUUUUUGAACAAA